AUGAUUACCAAGGCUGUAGCUGAGUAUAGAAAUGAUAAUAAAAAGAGAAUAUUAAAAAAAUUCGAAAAUAAGUCAGAGUAUAAUGAAUUAAAAAAAAAUUGUGAUGCUAUUGACGUUGAUACAAUAGAUGUGAAUCCUUCAUCAAGUGUGGAGUUUAUAGAAAAUCCUUUUUAUUGUUGCUUUGAUAAGAUCGUUAAGUAUAUUAGAAAUAAAGAAGGAGGCUUAAAAGAAAUUAAGCCAUUAAUAAAUCAGCACUCUGAAUUUUAG